AUGGGCGCUAAGCAGUCGCGGGUGGCAAUGUCAGAGCCGACAUCAGAGCUAGGUCUAGAAAAUGUACACGAAGGGGAAACGCAAGCUUCUAUCCGCCUGACACCAGCACUCAUAGCCCAGCUCAACGGCACGCAUGCUGUCUCAAACACAACGAAACAGGCAGUAGACGGCCUCAACCCGCAACAACAGGCGUUCAUUAAGAAGCAGCUACAAAUGGCUUAUGCUAAGGGUGCAGAUGAUUACCGCAAGAAGAUAGAGGUGGAUCUGCAAAAGAAGAAGCAGGAAGCGACAGCUACGCCGAGUCUGGCGCAGCAAGCGCAGUUUGCAAAGGAAAAGGAGGAGCAGGAGAACCAGCGUGUGGAGCAGCUUGUGGCCGAGGUUUACAAGAAAAAGUACCGUGCACCGCUCCGCGACGUACAGUGCUCGCCCGAACGUGAUGCAUGCUUGCAGUGCUAUAGAGAGAAGAAGAGCGACGUUUUGAAAUGCAAGGAAGUGGCCGAUGCCUUUGUUCAAUGCGCUCGGCAAAACACUGAGAAGUUUGUUGGUAAGAACUAA